CAGGCAAGCAACAUUCGACUCUCCAGGCAAUCGCUUUCCUGCAUCAACCCCCAUCCUCCCCUUUGUCUCUCCCGCUCGCCAUUUCCACCACCUGCAUCCCCUCUUCGGACCAGUGCAUGCACACUCACACGCGACCCGUCUCCCGCCGCACCAACCUAUCCCCGACGCUUGUCUGGCGUUUCUGAAAGAGCCACCUUACAGCAGUCGCGCGCAUCCUCCACUACUACGUCCUCAGGACUCAUCAGAGCUCGCAUCUACGCGACACACGCUUCAACAUGACUCUUGCAGACGAGUUUAGGACGCGAAACUUCAGUAUAUAUGGCCAAUGGGUCGGAGUGCUUUGCAUAGUCCUCUGCUUCGCCCUCGGCAUCGCCAACCUCUUCCACGUCCACUGGGUCAUCAUCUUCAGCAUCAUCUGCCUCGUCUCCGCCUUCAUCAUCCUCUUCAUCGAAAUCCCCCUCCUGCUCCGAAUCUGCCCCACGUCGGCGGGCUUCGACAACUUCAUCCGCCGCUUCGCCACAAACUACAUGCGCGCCGCCAUCUACCUCGUCCUCUCCAUCGUGCAGUGGUUGUCGCUGAUUGCCAAAGCUACAAGCUUGAUUGCCGCUGCCGUGUUCCUUCUCAUCGCCGCGGUGUGCUACGCGCUGGCGGGGCUGAAGAAGCAGGAGUUUAUGAGCAGCAAGACGCUCGGGGGCCAGGGGAUUGCGCAGAUGAUUGUAUAAAGAGCUCCGUGGAGGGG